AUGGUUAUGUGCACAAGCCAAUUUGUGCACAUCUUGCCAUCCGCAUUUCUCCUUUUCCUAUUCGCGGCAGCGCUUUCUGCCUGCGCCGAUGCGCGCAUUCACAUCCCGCGCUUCCCGGCUUCGUUCCAUAGGCAGCAGAAAAGCCGGGCGGCGAACGCACACAUCGAGAAUAUUGAUGAUAACAAGAACAAUUUUGCCACGUCACGUGGUUCUGCUCGCGGAGGUUACGCCUGGAACGCCUCUUAUUUCACCCAGAAUCUCGACCAUUUCUCGUUCACCCAAUCUAGCUACGCCACGUGGCAGCAGAAGUACAUCUGGUGGGACGGCGCGUGGGGCGGCGCGGAACGCGGCGCGCCGAUCUUCGUGUACUGCGGCAACGAGGGGCCGAUCCAAUGGUUCAUGGACAACGCGGGGUGGAUCCGCGAGAUCGCCGUCGAAUUCGGCGCGCUUGUCGUGGGACCCGAGCACCUGUACUAUGGGGAGUCGAUGCCAUUCAGCUCGGAAAAAGAAUCCUUCAGCAACGCGUCAACACGCGCGUUCCUCACCACAGAGCAGGCCAUGGCGGACAUGGCAGUGUUCCUCACGGCGCUCAAGGACAACCUAUCCGCACAUGACUCGCCCAUCAUCCUGUUCGUCCUCACCACAGAGCAGGCCAUGGCGGACAUGGCGGUGUUUCUCACGGCGCUCAAGGGGAACCUGUCUGCACAUGAUUCUCUGGUCAUCCUCUUUGGAGGCUCAUACGGCGGCAUCCUCACCACGGAACAGGCCAUGGCGGACAUGGCGGUGUUUCUCACAGCCCUCAAGGGCAACCUAUCCGCGCAUGACUCGCCGGUCAUCCUAUUCGGAGGCUCGGUCCUCACCACGGAACAGGCCAUGGCGGACAUGGCGGUGUUUCUCACGGCGCUCAAGGGGAACCUGUCCGCGCAUGACUCGCCGGUCAUCCUAUUCGGAGGCUCCUAUGGCGGCAUGCUGGCAGCAUGGUUCCGCCUAAAGUACCCGCACAUAGCAGCAGGCGCCAUUGCAGCAUCUUGUGAUGAGCCGAGCCUACCGAGUCACCUCAAAGUCAUUCAAGUCCCAAUGUUUUUCCUCCCCUUCCCUCGUCUUGCUUCCCCCAGUGCUGGCAGCAUGGUUUCGCCUAAAAUAGAGAGCGAGAGCUGUUUCAAUGCCAUCAAUAGCAGCUGGGCGGCAAUCAGGGAGGAGGCUGCAACCGAGGGAGGGCUCACCCGCCUGUCAGAGCAGUUCCGCCUGUGCAGUCCCCUGACUGAUGCAGACGACUUGAUUCAGUGGCUGGAAACAGCCUACAUAUACAUGGCAAUGGUGGACUACCCCGUGCCAUCUGACUUUCUCAUGCCGCUGCUCGCGCAUCCCAUUCGAGAGCUCUGUUGGCGCGUCGACAGCCUGCCUGCAAGCGCCAGCCUCCUUGAUCGCAUCUAUGCUGGAGUGGGCGUGUAUUACAACUACUCGGGCUCGGAGACCUGCUUCAGCGUGCGCGAUACCGACCCGCAUGACAUGUCCAAUGGUUGGGACUUCCAGGCAUGCACCGAGCACGUCAUGCCCAUGAGCAGCAACGCCAGCAACAGCCUGUUUGAACCCUUCGAGUGGAACCAGACGGCCUUUGAGGAGAACUGCUUGCAGCAGUACGGCAUUGCUCCUAGACCCACCUGGGCCAUGACCCAAUUCGGCGGACGGUCCAUCCGUUCAGCCCUGCGCCACUUCGGCAGCAACAUUGUGUUUUCCCAGGGGGCGCUUGACCCCUGGAGUGGAGGCGGAGUGCUCGAGGACAUUUCAGACACCCUAGUCAGCCUCACCAUUCCUGACGCCAACCUGCCUUGUUUCAGGUGCCACCACCUGGACCUAAGGGCGUCCACCCCAGACGACCCCCCUUCGGUGCGGAAGCAGAGGAAGGAGGAGAGGAAGCACAUCAAGAAGUGGAUCAAGCAGUGGCACAAGGAUAGGAGGGAGGCGAAGAAGCAUGGGAGAAAUGGCCUUCGUUUCAGCUUGCUCUCUUCCUAUGAAGACGUCUCCACGACCUCCCUCGCUCUCUUCAUCCUCUCUCUCGCCCUCCUCGCCACAUCCGUCGCUGUAUCCCUCUCUGCCACUCGCCGGGCACGACCCACUGGCACCACCUACUCACCCGCAUUGCGCCAUCCGCUCAUGGGGGGGAGGCAGUAA